UCUAAACCAAACGUAAUUUCCUGAAGCAGUUGGGUAUCCAGUACUUAGCCAAACAGCUGCAGCUCCACAUCAAAAUGGCAGUGAAAUCGAGUCUACAUUUACUUAUAAGUUUUUUUCUAGGCUUUAUACUUGCCGUUUAUGUAACGACGUAUACAAAUGUUACAUCUGAAAUAAUAUCAUGGUCAGCAAAACAGAUGGUGACUUCUAAAUAUAAUACUGAUAUUCCAGAUGCAAUGCAUAUUUCUCAUAAUAUCAGUUUUAGUUCAGAUACUUUACAGCAUACAGGUGACGUACCGUUGUCUACACACUUGAGGAAAGAAGUGAGGGUUCUCAUUUGGGUGAUGACAUCACCAAACAACCUUCACGUGAAGGCCAAGGCUGUUAAGGAGACCUGGGCCCGUCACGGAGAUUUGGUUCUAUUUUUCAGCUCUGAAGACAACAAGACAUUCCCAGCUAUUGGUCUGAAUGUCUCAGAAGGAAGAGACCAUCUAACAGCAAAGACGAUGAAAGCCUUUAGAUACAUUUAUGAGAACCAUUUCAAUGAUGCUGAUUGGUUCAUGAAGGUGGAUGACGAUACGUAUGUGGUCCUAGAAAACCUGAGAUAUUUUCUUUCUGGUGAAAAUUCCAGUGAACCGGUUUAUUUUGGUCAUUUGUUUGAGUAUGAAAAAGUGCACAGAUAUUUUAGUGGGGGCGCUGGCUACGUGAUGAGCAAAGAAGCGCUGAGGAUAUUUGGAGACAAUGCUGACAGAGUGAACUGCUCCAAGGACCUCGGCGGGGAAGACGUGGAGAUGGCCUUCUGUAUGAAGAAGCUGGGAGUGAGAACUGGCACCAGUCUUGACGUACUGGGCAGGUCUAGGUUCCAUUGUCUUAACCCAGAGGCUCAUGUCAAUGGACAUUAUGGACAAUGGUACCUGGAUCGAGAAUCUCACGGAGCCAAGAAGGGUAUAGAGAACAUCAGUGACUAUGCUGUGAGCUUCCAUUAUGUGAGUCCAUCCAAUAUGUACACACUGGAGUUUUUAAUCUACCACAUGAGGCCAUAUGGGAUUAUGUUAGAAUUACAAAACUUAAAUAACAAAACUACUGUUGUAUAACUUUAAUAAAGCA